AUGCCCGCUCCCAAAGGCGGUCGACGCCAGCCCGGCAUGCCCAACCUCAACUUGAGUCACCAGCGGCUUCAGCGGAGCAAAUCUCAGGCUGACCCGACCUCUCCUCCACAUACGCCUACUGCAUCGCCGCAAAAGACGCGUAAGAGACAGUCAGCGUUUGGCCAAGCUUCCCGUGCCGCUCCGAUGGACCCUCGCAUCCAACCCGUUGGCAACGGCCACCAGUUUAGCUAUCAGCCCUUUAUCGGGCCAGAACAGCUCAGCCCUCGCUCUCCAUCCUCAUCUGAAGCCGCAGAUGAAUCUGAUGACGACGAUGAUUCAUCCCAGGAGGAGGAGGAGGAGGUUCAACAUGGCCCGCCCAAGGCCCCAUCGCCUUUGGCUGCAUCCGAUGCCCAAUCGUCCGAAGAGGAUUCUGGCUCGGAUGACGAUGCGGAGGAUGAAGACGAUGAAGACGAUGAAGAGGACGACGACGAGGAAGAUCAGAAAGUGACCAAAAAAGUACAGGACACUCAAUUGAACAAUGACACAACUCAGUCAGCAAUCUCUCCGGUCGGCAGAAUAGUGCAAAUGGAGGAUAUUGAGGAUGAUGACGAAGAUGAUGAAGAGGAGGAGGAAGAGGAAGAGGAGGAGGAGGAGGAGGAGGAGGAGGAAGACGAUGAGCCGCUACAAGACUUCAAACUUAACCAUGAUGCAGCAUGGCCACCAAUCUCUCCGAUCGGAAGAACCGUGCAUAUGGAAGACAUUGAAGAAGAAGAUGAUGAGGAAGAGGAUGAUGAGGACGAAAAUGAUGAUGGUGAUGAUGAAGACGAGGAUGAUGAGGAAGAGGGAGAGGAAGACGAGGACAAGGAUGAGGAUGAUAGCGACGCCAAUGGGGAAAACAUGCCACCAACCAUGGAAUCGCCCGUUCAUGCCGCCGUCAUCACUUCCACGACCACCAUCGGCGACUUUGUUCUCGAAGAUAUGGAUCCAAUGGACAGUGACAAUGGCCUGUCUGUCUUAGAUCCAGAUGAAAUUGAGUCCAAGAGCAGCCGAUCGAGCUCCAAGCACAGAAACGACAAUGCAUCCAAAUUCGAGCACAGAGAGUUGCCCAUCAGGAUGAUGCAAGAUUUGAAAAAUCUUAACUGCAGUCACGAAGCGUCGGAUGAAGAGGCGGAAGCGGAAGCGGAGCAGGACACGGAAGAAGCCGCCUUUUACAAAUGGCAGCAGUACAUGCGCCGGCGGCGGCUCAGCAUUUCGAGCAGCAUCACUGGCAAGCGCACAUUCAGCGAGCGCAGCGAAUCGGACGACUCGGACGACGCCGGCCUUGACGUGAACGAAGUCGGCUCCAGUGCUCGUCGCAUGAGGAAGCGGAUGCACCGUGGCAGCUUGCUAUUCCAGGACCCUCCCGAGCCGCGAAUUGACGAGCUCGAGGAGCCCAACUCGAGCGAGGACGAGUACAUUACCACCCAGCAGUUCGGUAUGGAGCUGCCCUACUGGACGAUUGAGAUUAACGAAAUGGAAGAUUCGCAAUGA